CCGAAAAUUAAUUAAAAAAAAAAAAAAAAGAAAUUUGAAAGGCAGAGGAGCCAAUUGGAGCUCUUCUAUUGACGAAUGCACGCUGGCGCAGAGUCUUCUCUAUAUAAAUACAUAAAGAAAUAUCUUCUCACCUGCACAUCAAUUCUUGCUAGGAGGAAGAAGAAGAAGAAGAAGAUGGUGUCCAACUCGAUUGAUUUGUUGAAGCAAGAGCUUCCUGUCCAACAAGAUUCUUUGCUUCUCAACGGCGAUGUUAAGACUGGGCUUGUUCUUGUCGAUGUUGUUAAUGGUUUCUGUACUGUCGGCGCUGGCAAUUUGGCACCAAAACAGCCUGACAAGCAAAUUUCUACGAUGGUUGAGGAGUCUGUGAGGCUUGCCCGAGCUUUCUGUGACAAUAAAUGGCCAGUUUUCGGUUUUAUUGAUUCUCAUCAUCCUGACAUUCCCGAGCACCCUUACCCUCCUCACUGUAUUGCUGGAACUGAUGAGGCAAGACUUGUUCCAGAACUCCAGUGGUUGGAGAAUGAAGCUAAUGCCACCCUAAGGUGCAAGGAUUGCAUUGAUGGGUUCCUGGGUUGCAUUGAGAAAGAUGGCUCCAAUGUAUUUGUAGAUUGGAUAAAGAAUAAUCAGAUUAAAAUUAUACUGGUAGUAGGGAUAUGCACGGAUAUAUGCGUGCUGGAUUUCGUUUGUUCAGCACUAUCUGCCAGAAAUAGGGGCUUUCUUGCUCCUCUAGAGGACGUGAUUGUGUUCUCUCAAGCUUGUGCAACCUUUGACCUGCCACUUCAUGUUGCCAGAGCUGCCAAAGAUGUUAUAGCACAUCCACAGGAGCUGAUGCAUCACAUAGGCCUGUACAUGGCCAAGGGAAGGGGAGCCAAGGUAGUCUCAGAGGUGUCUUUUGGUGCACUGCAAUGUCCGUCAUCUUAGCCCAUCCAUCACAGCCGGCAUUGAGGCUUUUUUGUAUGUGGGAAGAUAUGAUGCUAUAAAUAGUUUCUCUUUAAAAGUUGGUUAUAUUCAAGUGUAUUCUGAGCAAUUAGGUACUCAAUUAUAUCUUGUAGAUGAGAAGGUACUCAAUUAAAAUAUAUUUUCAUAA